AUGACAGAUAAUAUUGGAGAGCUAAUAACUAUUCCGAUAAAAUAUGUAAACAAACACAAAGAAAGACUUUUACUACUGGAAUUCCAAGGUUCUUUAACUAUAUCUAAAAUUAAUACAGAAACUGGUGAAAUAGCCAACUCUGAAAAUAUUGAAGACUUUAAUAACACAGUAAUUGGACAAUUAAUUAACUUUGAUAAAAUUUCUAAAAGUUUAGAUAACUCUGAAGCUAAUAAUAAUUUCGAAUCUGCAAUACAAUAUUCUAAAAAUAACCCUAUUGAACUUAAAAUAGGAUAUCACACACUUAUCGGUAAAUUAGUAAAACUGGCUAAACCUUUAGCAAUCAUCCAAAACUUAUCAAAAACUCAAGAAAACAAUGAAAAACAAUUAAAUAUAUAUGAUAUUAUUAACUUUAAGCUAGUUUUUGAAUCUAGACCCCAAUUUUCCUCUUAA